UUUUUUCUUCAGAGGAUUCUUUUGUAUAUUAUUAAGUGCCAGGACAUGAAACAGUAAAUCUCUCCUCUCUGCACUCCUGCCUCCUGCCACAGCCCUGCCUGCUGUCCAAGCCAGCCCGUUCCAGGGCUCCCUGUACCUGGAUGCCUGAAUGGCUGCCUUGCUGAUCCCACGGAGGAACAGAGGGAUGAGGACUCGCCUGGGCUGCCUGGCUCACAAAUCAGACUCAUGUAAUGAUUUCACAGCUAUUCUUCCGGACAAGCCCAGCCGGGCUUUGAAGAGACUGUCAACAGAAGAAGCCACGAGAUGGGCAGACUCUUUUGAUGUCCUUUUGUCCCAUAAAUAUGGGCUGGCUGCUUUCCGGGCUUUCCUGAAGACAGAGUUCAGUGAGGAGAACCUGGAGUUCUGGCUGGCCUGUGAGGACUUUAAGAAGACCCGUUCAGCAGCCAAGCUGGCCUCCAAGGCCCAGAGGAUCUUUGAGGAGUUCAUUGAUGUGCACGCUCCUCGAGAGGUGAACAUAGACUUCCAGACACGGGAGCUGACGAGAAGAAAUAUGCAGGAGCCCUCCCUCUCCUGCUUUGACCAAGCUCAGGGGAAGGUGCACAGCCUGAUGGAGAAAGACUCUUACCCCAGGUUCCUGAGAUCCAAAAUUUACACAGACCUGCUGUCUCAGACCCAGAGGAGACUCAGCUAGAGCAGUGAUGGGGCCCUCAGGAACCACCUGCUUCCCACAGCCACCAACCCCCCUACCCAAAUGUGAAACUUCCUUGGUGUUAAAAGCAGUGGGAAUGAGAAAAGAGGGAGAUGGGGAAGAGGAGGCUUCCAGAGUGUGAUCCAGAUGUGGCAUUGGGACUUUUUAAGUUUCUGUGCUUUUUUUGGUUAGCAUCUUGCAGCUGUUGCCUCUCUCCAGCACAGACCCGUAGUGCUCUGUAGUCCCAGGGUAAGGCAAGUUUCCUUUAGAAUUACUGCCUUGGUUUGUGUGGAAAUAACACC